AUGGCAGCAACACCUCUCGUCGCGGCGGCUGUCGCUCCAAGAACCGAACACAGUCCUGCGGAUCACCACCGAAAAAUCAUGAGAUCGAGAAGCCUUUCAAACCGGGAACAAAGACCUCCGGCGAACAAAAAAGUUAAACUCAUGACGAGCCCCUCGCAACAAGCUCCGAAGCCCGAAGGAACCGCUGUGUUCGCAGAUAUGCCGAGAGGCAUUGUCGGAGAAGGUGCUCAAACUACGUCUUCUGCGGGGCAACAGACUAAGGAUUGCACAGGCUCGGCAAAGGAUGCUGCUAAGAUAAAGGCAAUUCGCCAAACCCUCUCGGAACAAUUUGAUAUCGAGAUCCUCUUAAAGCAUAGGGAGCUGCGACUUAUCGAGCAGGAGAUAGCGAAAACUCAAGUUUGCAUUGAACAACUUCGUCGUUGCACCCUGAUCCCGUAUCACGCUGAGGUCUCACUGGACCCGGUUGCGCCCGGGGAGAAAUCCACAGAUACCGGUUGCCCGGAGUUUGCCCCACCUCAUUGGACGAUUACCAAUGGGCCUUAUACAAGGCAUUAUCAACAGUGGUUGCUUCCUGAUCCCAAAUUUGACGGAUAUGGACCUGAAGGACCACCACAGGCGGUACAAAGAGGUGGAAAGAGUCUCAGGAGCCAGGGUAUGCAUGAUUCAAGCCAGUCUUACACUGUCACAGGGCGGCCCCAGAGGCAGAGUGCAGCAAAGGUACAGCAAAGGGGUGCAAGUGCCACGGUGUGUACCUUCAACCGAAGCGAUGGCCAACUUGUUCGAAUGGAAUGCCGUGAUUGUCAACGCAGCAAUUUCAGCUCGGCGCAAGGUUUUAUCAACCAUUGCCGUAUUGCCCAUCAGCGUGAAUACAGCUCUCACGAUGCUGCUGCGUUUGACUGUGGCGUGGUAAUUGAUGAAGCUAUUGAGCAGCCAUUGAUUUCACCUGGCCCAACAACCCCACUUGAUGGGCCAUCUCGGAACACUCGACAAACACAACCUAAUCCAUUCAACACACCCUACGCUUCUUUUGGCUCCAGCAGGCGCAGCAGUGUGAUGGAAAACAGUUCGAUGCCCGAUCUGAUAAUUCCUACCACUCCUGUGCCUGUGACGCCUAAAUUAGUCACUCCGAGAGCUGCUCCCACCAUAGGUCAGAGAAAAGGUGGCGGCCGCCGAGCUGCUAUGACUACGCCAAAAACUCAGGAUCUGGAGAAAGAAGGUCUCCUGAAGAGAAAAAAUAUAAGCGUCAACCUGCAGCGAAUGGUAACGGAGGUUAAGAGCGGAAUGAUCAAUUGGGAUGAUGAUUCUGGCAGUGAAGCCGAAGCAGGUGCUGGUGAUAAAACGAGGAAGCAGGGUAUGAAUGUGGAUGCUCCGAUGUUGGAUGCCCCCGUUGGCCCAGGUCUGCGUGGGGGGGGUGUAGUAGAGUCGGCAGAGGCUGAGAAUAAACCGAGCACUACCAUUAUCGCGAUGAAUGUCGCUUUUCCGAGGAGCAGUGGUGCAAUGAGGCCGGCCGUCUCAGAGAAUGCCUCUGUCCCACCACCCAAGGGCACCAGGGUGCCUGCAGUGGCGUCACUGCAAGCGGGACCAACCUCUAAGAAGAAUGGCUUGUCGUUUUAUGGUAGGAUGGGGUUGGAUGGAGCCUGUGAUUCUGGAACCUCAUCGAGUGAUGAGGACGAUGGAUAUAAGAGCGAUGCGGAAGAGGAAAUGAUGGAAGUCGAGAGAUCGCCGCCUCUUUCCGAUGAGGGCCGGAUUCCAGGGUCCGUGCCCGAGCCCAGCGGAUUGAGAUAUGGAAAGGGGCCCCACACUCUGCCUCCCCUCACCUUCCAGGCUGUCAGCCCACCGGUCUCUCCGACCAACACCCGUGAGAUGGAGCUAGUGCCGACUAUUCCGGCUCAUCAGGAACAGCAGGUCACUGCGCUCUGCCAGCCUACACCCACCUCACCAGGGCUUUCGAGGCAGGUUCGGUUUGUUAUGCCCAGCGCUAGGAAAGUUGGAAGUAAUAAUCCGGGCGGUGUGUUGGAGAACGGGUUAGCGAAGAUGAAGUUUGCGAAUGCGGGAACCAUCAAGAAGCAUGGGGGGUUUAACGGGGUUAUGGAAGGGAGGAGAGUCAGCUAAGCUACGCUAGCUAGUCAAGCAUUGGGGAAAGUAGGGGAAGGGAGAAGCCAAAGGGGCCUGUCGUUCCAAUACCAGGAGGUGGGGAGAAAGCAUUUAAUGUGUCAAUAAGUUUUAUAUUGCUUUCUCGCUCCGUCCUCCCGAGCCUUCAUGCUUGUUUUCAUAUAACCCUGGAGCAGCCGAAGUUUGGUUUCUUGUUUUUUCCAUACUGGGUCUCUUCAUUAUCAUUUGCCCUGUCUCUCGUGUUUACAAAUGAUUGAUUUAGUUUGUCAAGCUUGGAUGGUAGAUUCUGUGUAGUUUUACGUCAUGUCUUGAACUCUUUUCUCAGUUUUCUCUUUUCCUUUUCAUUUCGCACCGUCCCCUCCUUACUCUCACCCUCUCUCAUCCUGCCUCUACUUCUUUACCCCCUACCCUUCUAACCGGAAAAAAGUAAAGGACUCCAUAGUUAGUUACCUAAAUAACCCCCCCCCCCCCCCUACCCCCCCUCCCACCACCUCCACCGUCAUCUCUCUUCCCCCCUCCGAGCUACAGCACAGUACUCACACCAGCAACAACGAGAAAAAAAAGGUCAAUCAGUCAAUCGAUCAAUGAUAUAAGCACACAUGAAUACAUAAUGUAUGUGUAGAGUACUCGGUUAUUACCAUCACUUUUGUCUCGUUUUGUCCCGUUUUUGUUUCACCGCGUGCGGGACGUUUUUGAAUUUGGUUUAACGCCCGAAUGAGGGAUAAUAAUUAUUUUGUAACCUAAUCGAUGAGUAGGGCGAUGGUAUUAUGUGGGUUUACGGAAGGAAGGAAUGGUUAUGGGGUGUAGCUGUGACUAUGGCUGUGGCUGCGAGGGGCAGGCUAGUCGUGGCAGCAGAUCAUAUUGGGGCUCCUGUAUUUGUAUACAUUUAUGCUGUGGUAAGGGUGUCGUAUGUAGGUGUAUGGGAGACGGUGGUUAGGUUGAGUUUAAUAAUGUGGAUUUUUGGGUUGCGUAAG